AUGACGAGUCACUACCGAAACACGACCUCCGUUGUUUAUCUCUUGCUUUGUCUCUUCAUCACAUCUGCCUCCUGUGGAAGUUCUUUCAUACGACAAUUCACUGAUGACUUCAACGCAAAUCUGCAGCAAGCAGAAGGGAAUGGAGUAGGACCAAACCCUGACCUUGAGGAAGCUCAUUACUUAGAUACACAUGAGGAGGUCACAUCACGUGAUCAUAAAGUCUCAGCUUCAAGCACAGUGAAAGGUAUGAGAGAUCGUCCUCCGUCUUCUUACUCUUUGAAGAUGGAAUCUUUCAACACUCUCCUCAAGUCAACGAGCAUAGAUAGUUACGAAUCUCGUCCUUUUUCGGUUGGUGGAUACAACUGGACACUUGUUGUGUACCCCACCGGAAACAAGAAGGAUAAUGGUGCAGGGUACCUUUCGCUUUACGUAGCCGUAGACAAGUCGAUUUUCGUCGCUGCACGGAAAGAAGUUUACGCAGAUCUCAGAUUCUACAUCUUCAACAAUAACGAGAGGCAAUACUUCACAAUCCAAGAUACCAAUGUUUGGCGAUUCAAUGCCUUCAAAACGAUGUGGGGAUUCUCCCAAGUCAUCCCUGUUGAAACAUUUAAAGACUCGAAAAAUGGUUACCUCUACGAUGGAGAUCACUGUGAGUUUGGAGUUGAUGUGACCAUUCCCACUACCUAUGAAACAUCAGAACUUUUCACUCUCUAUAAUUUCAAUAGCGAAAGAUACACUUAUGUCCUUCCGGGUUUCUCCACGCUGCUCAAGAAUGAUUACUUUUCAGAUGUGUUUUCCAUGGGAGGAAGACGUUGGACAAUACGAGUGUUUCCAACUGGUUAUGACGGAAAAUUCUUGUCAAUGUUUCUUCGCCUUGAUGAGAAACAGAAAUUCGUACCCUACGAGAAGAUGUAUGUUCGAGCCCAACUUCGAGUUCUUAACCAACUCCAAUUCAGUAACCGCGAAAAGACACUCGAGGUUUGGUUCGCUGCUCCGGGAUAUGGAUAUUCAGGUUGGGGUUACAAUGAGUUCAUCCCACUCUCGGAUCUCAAAGAUUUAUCGAAGGGUUUUGUUGUGAAAGAUGCGUUGAAGUUUCAAGUCCAAUUGGAUGCCCUUUCUUUAACCAAGUACUUCCCUAACUAA